GCGUGGCGAUAUCCUUGUUACGCGGUCACCGACGUGCAGCUGCUGGAGGCCGUGGCCCCCCGUCCUGACGUGGCGGUCGCCGACAACGCCAUCACCUACAGCGACAAGGGCCACGGAAACACGCUGAUGGCUGGCAGGGCACUCGGUGGCGACCUGGACGGGGAUCAUGUCCACGCGAGUUUCUGGAAGAAGCUGGUCAACCUCAUGCGAGCCACCCAAGCGGCCGUCGAGCGGCUCGCCUCGCUCCGCUGGCGGCUCGAGGCGGAUGUCAUUGGCUCAAUGACCGAGCCUGCCACCGCGUGGGGGGGCGGCGACGUGGAAGCCCGAG